UUUGUUUUUUUUUAUUCUUGAAUUUUCACAAUGGCGCUUCAGCUUCAGCUGCAAUCAACUGUGACAAAUGGAGUCUUUCAGAACCCUUCUGCAAUUAGACCUUUCAGGAAUGGAAAAAAAGUUUCUUUUAAAGCACAAGCCACUCCUACAAGAACCCAGAGGAUAAUGGAGGGAAUUGCAGUAAGUGGAGAGGUUGGUGGCGCUGGUGGUGCAUACUCAUAUAGUGCAUUGAAAAGAUUGGACCAGCUAUUGUCUAAAAUUUGCUCUGCUUCAGCAGUUGUUGAAGAACCCCAGAAAGUUGUUUCCUCUGUCCCCGGAUCAUUCAAAGAUUCUGAGCAUGUUGGAAAUUCGGAGGAGAUGUUUGAUGUCAUCGUUUGUGGAGGUACUUUGGGAAUCUUCAUUGCCACAGCAUUAAGUUCCAAAGGUCUUCGAGUUGGAGUUGUGGAAAAGAAUGUUUUAAAAGGGAGGGAGCAAGAGUGGAACAUAUCAAGGAAAGAGCUACUGGAACUUGUUGAAGUUGGCGUUUUAACUGAAGAUGACAUUGAAGAGGCUACUGCUGCCAGUUUCAACCCUAAUAGAUGUGGAUUUGAAGGGAAGGGAGACAUUUGGGUCCAGAGCAUUCUCAAUCUUGGUGUUUCGCCAGUAAAGCUUGUGGAGAUUGUGAAAGACCGUUUUGAUUCCCUUGGAGGUGUCACGUUUGAAGGUUACAGCGUCUCUAACAUAUCCGUGUAUCAGGAUGCAGCAGUCUUGCAACUAAAGGAGGGAAAGACUUUAUUCUCACGUCUUAUCAUUGAUGCAAUGGGGAAUUUUUCUCCUAUUGUAAAGCAGAUUAGAUGUGGAAGGAAGCCAGAUGGUAUGUGCCUUGUGGUUGGAACUUGCUGCCGUGGUUUUAAGGAGAACUCUACAAGUGAUGUCAUAUUUAGCAGUGCUACCGCAAAGGAAGUUGGCCAGUCACUAGUCCAAUAUUUCUGGGAGGCAUUUCCUGCUGGCUCGGGUCCCAUAGACCGAACCACUUAUAUGUUCACUUAUGUUGAUCCUCAACCCGGAUCUCCACAGCUGGAAGAGUUACUAGAAGAUUACUGGGAUUUGAUGCCCAAGUAUCAGGGCGUGUCUUUCGACGAUCUGGAAAUCUUGAGGAUAAUAUUUGGCAUUUUCCCAACAUAUAGAGACAGUCCAUUGCCAGCAGCAUUUGAUCGUAUUUUACAGUUUGGGGAUGCUAGUGGCAUACAGUCACCGGUUUCUUUUGGUGGUUUUGGGAGCUUGACUAGGCACCUGGGGAGAUUGACAACUGGUAUAUAUGAGGCACUUGAAGGCAAUUUUCUAGACUCUAAAAGUUUGUCAAUGUUGAAUCCUUACAUGCCGAACUUGAGCUCUUCCUGGCUAUUUCAAAGGGCAAUGUCAGCAAAGAAACAGUCCAACGUUCCACCAGAUUUUAUCAAUGAACUUCUUUUUGCCAAUUUCAUAAGUAUGCAGAAACUAGGGGAUCCUGUCUUGAGACCUUUUCUUCAGGAUGUUAUACAGUUUGGGCCUCUUGUGAAAACACUAGGCCUCAUAACGUUAACGAGACCUCAGAUUAUUCCAUCAAUAUUCAAGCAGGUCGGAAUUCCUGUGCUUCUUGAAUGGUUUGGACAUUUUAUCAUGCUGGGAUACUAUACAUUUCUCUCUACCUUCCUCGACCCUACUAUUAGGCCAUUGAUAGAAUCAUUUCCAGCCAAGAUGAGAUACGAAUGGAAACGCGGACUUGAAGCUUGGCAAUAUGGAGCUGGUUUAGACUACAAACUGAGUCCCUCUGAAGCUCACGAGACAGCUAAAAGAUCAGAUCCUAGUAAAGAAAUUUUUAGUACUGACAGCCUAAAAUGAAAUUUCCUAGUACAUUA